GUGCCGCCUGUAAAGCGCACAUCUCCCGGCCGGGCUGAGCGCACAGGCCACCUGCUCCCUCCGGAGAGCGAGCGGAGGGAUUCUCGACACUGCGCGUCUUUAUAUCUGUAUUUCUGUACGCAGAGGCCUUUACUCCGCAGCUGCAGAACCAACCAGUUCAGCCACCAACUUUACAAAUGAAAUCAGUCAGCUGACUUUUUUUCACAUGCUCUGUUGGCAACAGUGCAGCUAUAGAUGAUGAAGGCUGAUCUGGAGGCUCCUCUCUCUACUGGGAGCUGUAAUGCUGCUAUUCAGUGCAGGGAUGUGUGCCGCUCGUACGGGAAACUGAAGGUGCUCAGCAGCCUCAACCUCACUGUACCACAGGGCCAAAUUUACGGGUUGCUCGGCCCGAGCGGCUGCGGGAAAACAACGCUGCUAAAGUGCAUUGUAGGAACUCUGAAGAUUUCCCGAGGGUACAUCAGUGUUCUGGGAAAACCGCCGGCAUUCCCUGGACAUGAGGUGCCGGGAAGGAUGGUGGGAUACAUGCCACAGGACAUCGCCCUGUAUAAUGAAUUCACCAUCAGCAACACGCUGUGGUUCUUCGGCCGAAUCCACGGCCUCUCCUCCAAAGAAACAGAGGACAGGAUGAACUUCCUCAUCGACUUCCUGGACCUGCCGCAGAAGAACAGCCUGGUCAGAAACCUGAGCGGAGGUCAGCGGAGGCGCGUCUCACUCGGUGCUGCUCUUCUACAGAACCCUCAGCUCCUCAUCCUCGAUGAACCCACUGUAGGAGUAGAUCCUGUUCUCCGGGCCAAGAUAUGGCAGCACUUGGUGGAGAUUGUAAGAGGUGGACAGGUGUCCGUCAUCAUCACCACACAUUACAUAGAGGAAGCCAGACAAGCCAACGUGGUGGGGCUAAUGAGGAACGGGAGGCUGCUAGCCGAAGCCAAACCAGAGGCGGUUAUGAAACAGCACAAUGCAGCAACCCUGGAGAGCGCGUUUCUACAGCUUUGUGAGGACUUCGACCAAGUGGGGUCUAAAGAGAGCCCUCAGGUACCUGCACACACUAACAGCCCAUCUCCGGACAGCCUGAGGGACGAGAGCAGAGAGCUCCUGGCCAAGAACCUUCCUGCUGCAACUGAUAUCUCCAAACCAAAAGCGGACUGGAAGGUUAAAGCACGGCAUGUCAUUCCGAAAUGGCGAAACAUCGCUGCGUUGAUCAUUAAAACGAUAGUACGGAUGAGAAGAAAUCCUGGCUCCCUGUGCUUCCAGUUCCUGUUGCCAGUGAUUCAGAUCUGUCUGAUGUGUCUGUGUAUCGGAGCUGACCCCAAGGGGAUCGAGGUGGCCGUGGUCAAUAAUGAAACAAGCUCCAGCGCCUACAGCCGUUCUCUGCUGUCCUUCAUUGACAACACCAGCAUCAUCCAGGUGAACCUCUCGCAUUCCGAAGCUUUUGAUGGGAUCCGUAACGGAGAGUACUGGGGGGUCGUUGAGUUCGGCCAGAACUUCACCAGCUACCUAACCAAGAGAAUGUUGCAGCCCAGGGUGUCAAAAGAAGUGGUUGAAGGAGGAUCGGUCCACGUCUGGCUGGACCUGACGAAUCGACAAAUAGCAGUAAUGCUACAGAAGAAACUCCAUGAAGCGUUUCAGGCGUUUGUUGACAGUAAGAUGGGUAGUCUGGCCUACCUCGUCGCUCUCCCUGUUAAGUUUGAGGAGCCCAUUUACGGCAGUCAGAAUGCAGAUUUCAGUACGUUUGUGACCCCAGGGGCAGUCCUGAGUAUCACCUUUUACCUGGCGGUGGGGCUAACUGCUCUGUCCUUCGUGUUGGAAAGGAAGGAGGGGCUGUUGGACAGGUGUUGGGUGGCAGGGGUCAGUUCUCUGGAGACCAUGCUGGCCCACCUCUUCUCUCAACUGCUGGUCAUCAGUGUUCAGAUCAUUCUGCUGCUACUCUUCAUCCUGCUCGUCUUUAAGAUUCCUAAUGAAGGCUCUCUGGCUCUGGUGAUCACACUGAUCGUCCUGCAGGGUGUGACGGGCAUAUCCUUUGGCUUGGUCAUCUCCGCAGCCAUUGACGACGAGCAAUCAGCCAAUCAAGCAGCACUGGGCAUCUUCUACCCAAACCUCAUCAUCAGUGGAGUUAUCUGGCCAGUGGAGUGUAUUCCGUAUCCUCUGCGUUAUGUGAGUCUGGUUCUGCCCCAGACCUACGCCUCUGAAGCCCUGCGCUGCAUUAUGUACCGAGGUUGGGGUCUCUCUCGCAUGAUGGUGUGGCGUGGCUUUGCCGUGACCCUCGGCUGGAACACGUUCUUCCUCAUCCUGGCCACCAUCAUCCUCAAGCUGAGAACGUGAGAAGGGCUGCCGUCGGGGAAUACGCUUCAGGUCAGAGCGAGUGGCGCCUGGGUUCAUGCCAGGCCUCUCUCUAGCUGAAUGGAGGCUGACUGGACAUCGCAUAAUCCUGCUAAGUGGAUAAACAACUCCUGGGGCUACCAAUCAGAUUGCUCAUCUUCCUUGUACACAGACAGCCACGUCAGAGUAGCCAGUCAGGUUCUGCUUUUCCACGAGGACCAGAGCCAAGAACCUCAGGGAAUCCCUCCCUUCUCUGUCCAAUCAUCAGCAUUCCACCGUGGAAGGAGAGUCAUACUUUUGUGCAUUCAUCGAUCUGAGGAUCUGAGGGACAGAUGGGCGAAAUCAACCACAUAACACAAAGAUGUGGUGACCCUCUUUAGGAGUUACUGGGAGCUUAAGGGGUCACUGGGAGCUGCUCUCACGUAUCACCUAAUCUUCCAUACUCCCAGUCAUGGAUCCAUCUGUUUGCACAUUCCCUUAGAACCUCUUGGCUAUCACUUUUUUUGACCCAUCUGUCUGCACGCUUUGGGCCUUUUUUAAUCUGUCAUGUGAAUGUAGAGCUUUUUGUUGUAAUACUUUUCAAGCUCCCUCUCUUGGGCUUUGUUUGUGUGUCCAUUUCUCGAGCAAUGUGUGCCUGUUGACCCCACAGUAAAGGGGAUUAGCCAUUAAUGCUUGCACCUUUAUCUUGUGUCUGAUUAGUUACCGCAAUAGCAAGUUAUCUAAUUGUCUAAAGUUUUAGUGUGAUACUUUUUACUAUGUAUUUUUAUUUGCGAUUUUUUGUUGUUGUUGCCUUUUCCUGCACCCCCUUAUGCUGGACAGAGGGGGGCGCUGUUUUGCCAAUAGCCAGAAAGCCUGUUGAAAUGAGGGCGCGCAUUCAGUCUGCCCUGACAUGAUUUGUGCAAAGUGAUCUCACUCUUUUUCUUACUACCAAGAGGAUCUCAUGUACCAAGGACCAUAAACUGAAGAAAUAUCUGUGUUUAUGUAUGUUUACACUGUUCAUGUACAGCAGGCCUGGGCCAACCCUGCAGUCCCUGUGCUUUGUUUUGCAUUUUGGAAUACGUGAAGCGUGUAUGCUGUUAUGCUGCACAGAAAUGCAAAGACAUAAUGCAUGUAUACAGAAUGCAGUACCUGCCAAAUUGGCCUGGGAGUACAGAGAAAGUCAGCAUUGAGAGAUUGUGGUCAUCAGCACAAUUAGAACUGUAUUGCAGAAGAUGAGUGUGUGUUUGUGUGUGUGUGUGUGUAGUGCCCGAUUGAUGUAAUGUUCUGAUUAAUAUAUAUUAUAGAGAUGGACGAUUAAUGUUUAUGGAAUCAACACAGAUUGUGAAAACCUUUUAGCACCAAACUUGGUAAUGCAUCAUCGUGCAGGGCUUCUGUAAUGUUCUGCAUAAUUACUGAAAAGGAAAUGUACUUUACUUUUCUUUUUAAAUCAUCAAUCAUAUUAAAAAUGCUGUGAAACUCCUAGCACCAGCUAAAAUAGCCCACUGUGUAGCUCAGUGUGGAAACACAAUAACACAAAAAAAAACAUCUUAUCUAGUGCUAAAACUCCAUCUCUUUGGACAUGAUUCCUUUAGCUUUCAAUCUGUUGCUGCUGUAGAUUUGGUGGUGGAUUAAUAUAAUUUGCUCUAUUUUCUGUUCUAUGUGGUUAGUGGUGCUUGUUAGCUCGGCUAUGUUCUGAUACAGCACACAUAGUGUAGUUCAUAGCUGGCUUUUAUGAACAUCUGCAGUCGUGCACAAGCUCAUUUGUUCUAUCUAGCGGUAGAUAGAACUAAUGUAUAUAUUAUUAUAAAACUGUGCAGGAAUCUAGCAGCAUUACAGGACUUGAAUUGCCUGCCCCUGUUUUAUACUUUUAUUUUAUAUUCCAGUACUUUUAUUCAGUUCUCUAUUGUCAAACAGCAGAAACUUCUAAAAAAAAACACCAUAUUAAUAAGAACAUUUUGACAGUAGUGGACAGAGUUACUCAUCAUUCUUUUUUUUCUGUUUAUUUUCUGUUUAUUAUAUGUUCUUUUUAUUUUCUGUUAUUCUGCUACACUUGGACUGUCACCAAGCUAUCCAACUUUCAAUAAGUACCUUAAAUAAUUGGUACAAUAUGAGGAAAUCAGUUGGGCACUAAUAUGCACACUCUCACUGUCAUAUCAGAACCUCAUACCGUUUUUUUUUAUUGUGUUUAAUCAUUUUUGACCUUUACAAAUCUGCUAUUUUGGGAAUAUAAGUUUUGUUAUGACAGUGAUGAUAUAUUAAAUCAUGUUAUGUUAAAGGUUAUUGGUAGCUAUAAUGACUGUGAAAAUCAGUGUUAAUUGCUAUGAAGGAAUUCUAAGAACUAUAUAUAUAUUUUUUUCUCUUAUUUGAGAAUAUUAAUUUAGAACUAGUGACAGGAAUAGGUCCAAGUAAAUGGUACUUUUAGAAUUAAUUUAAAAAAGGUUAAUUAUUGUCUCCCUCAUAUGGACCCUAUAAAGACUAAAAUGAAACUAAAAUGAGUGAAUUUUCUGAAUAUCAUAUUUAAGUACAAGUAUUACAAUUUCAUAAGCACAAAUCCAUAACAAUACAGUUAAGUACUCGUCACUAUAUGGCAACUGUAUUCCUUGUCAAAAUAAUCGUGAUAAUAUAAUUUUGCUUAUGAAAAAUGUCAUUCAUUUGUUGAAAUAAUCAAAACUGAGUCCCAUGUUAGUUGGGGUUUGUGACUGAUGAUAAUUCAGACACUGUUGUGUUGAAUAUGGGGAUCACUGUACUGUAUGUCACACACCAUAAUUCAUUCACUGCUCCUAGAAAUCAGCUCUCCAAACUGGCUGAUCCCAACAUGCCACGUCUUCUCUCCAGGAAAUGAUCUUCAACCAUCAUAAAUGUGUCUUUCUGAACAAUAAAUCUUUUUAAUAAGGCCA